AUGGUCAGUGAAAGAUGUCAAAAGAUAUUGCUUACUUUACCACUUUAUUUAUUAACUUUUAUGAUAGCAUUAUUAUGUUUUUAUUAUGGUACCUAUAGAUUUAUACAUGUACUUGAAAGAGCUUUUAAUACAACAAAUAUAGAACAAAUGGGAAAUUUAUUAAAAAUUAAUGGACAAAGAUAUGAAAUAAAAGAACAUGAAGGAAAAGUAAUAAAUUAUAUUCCAGAUUCGUGGAUAUUUUUUGAUAAAGCAUACCAUUCAAUAGAAUAUAUAUCUCUUCUAUUAAUUAUAAUGAUUCCAAUAUCAUGUCAUUUUUCUUUUCUUAUAAAAAUAUCAAUAUAUAUAGUAUCAAAUUUAUCAUUUCUCGGUGCUUUUUCCUUAACUAUAUUUACUGCAUUUGAUGCCAAAAAAAAUUAUGCUAAAUUUAGAAAAGGAACAACUGAUAUUGAUAUUAGUGGUGAUGAGUGUAUGGAAGUCUUCUUACAUCAAUUCGUUUACAUUAUUAUCUUUGUCUAUUUAUUAGUUACAAUUUAUUACGUCAUCCUUAAUUGUUGUGUUUUCAGGAAAGAUAAUGAUACUAGAAGAAAUGAUAUUGUUUUGAUUAGUAAUAACAAUCGACCGAAAACUUCUAUCAAUUCAUCAACAUAUCUAAUGUCCAAGAGAUCACUUAUUGAAUCAUCGGGGCACCUUUCAUCGUUUAAUCAGGAACAAUAUUUUGGAAAUCAGAAGAAAGUUAGAACAAUAUCAGUAUAA